GAGUCUAAUGAUUGGAACGUACGUAAUUUGUUUUGACUUUUGUUUGAUUAAGGAAUGUUUUGGUUUGUUUAGAGAUGUAGUUAUUAUUAUUUUUUUUUAUUUUAUACACAUAAAUAAUCUAUGAUGUAUUUUCGAAGAAGUACGACAGUGAAGUACUUCAUAGCAGCAUUUGUAGGGGCUGCUUUGUAUUGCGAAUGGUUCAUAUACCUCAUACAGCCACUGUACUGGCAGAGAUUAGAAUGCAAAACCCAUGAUCAGUCGUGUACUAAAAUACUGUUUAUAGCCGACCCUCAAAUUCAGGGAGACUUAGCUGUUCCACCUCCACUUAGCUACCUUUUCAAUUGGGACAGCGACCGCUAUGUAAAAACAACAUUCUCAAUGGUGAUGAACCAGUUCAAACCGGAUGUCUUGGUGUACCUCGGAGACCUGAUGGAUGAGGGCUCAAUAUCUACUUUACCACAGUUCCAUUCAUAUGUGAAGAGGCUCUCCCAUAUAUUUAAUAUUGAUUAUCCUGUCAUACAAGUCUGGAUCCCUGGGGACAAUGACAUAGGCGGAGAGAAUGAACCUAUAAAGAAUGACAAAGUGGAGGAAUUUGAGAAAGUAUUCCAACAACCGACUGUGAUAACAUUUAAGAAUAUAUCCUAUUAUAAAGUGAAUGCUAUUACCCACACAUAUCCAAAGAAGCCAGAGAGUGGAGAUAACAACCUCAGAAUAAUUGUCUCCCACUAUCCUGUUACUAGCAAAGUUGCUUUUGCACAAAAGGUAAACAACGAAAUCCGUCCAAAUAUAUACUUCUGCGCGCACGAUCACGAGUCGAAGUAUGUAGAACAAAAGAAAGAUCUCACUCAACGCUCAGUACAGCGAAUGCUGACUGGUGAUUUUAUGCUGCAUGUGCAAUUUGACAAGGACUCUCUGUAUGAAAUUUUUGUGCCAACGUGCUCGUACAGAAUGGGGACAGAUAGUAUAGGAUUUGGAGCAGCAAUAUUAGAAAACAAUAAUCAAGAAAUGAAGUACACAGUUCUAUGGUCUCCAAAGAGGUUUCCAUAUUUAUUUUUCUAUGCAGGAAUCCUUUUAUUGCUUGUAGUUUACUGCUUUAUUUAUUGUAGCGCUAGACUGGCGCAUAAUCGUUUAAAUUCUGUAACCAUAUCUGAUAAAGUGCCCCUUCUAGAACGAAUUUAGCACUGUUACAAACAUGGAGAUCGGUGAAGCAGACAUAUGUGACUCAAAGUCUAGAAGAGGCACUUUAUUGACUUGUAUAAGGAUACUACAUCGAAUUAUAUUUGCGAUAGGCAAUUUUUAUAUGAUAAUCUGCAAAAUGAGCGGAUUUAGUUUAUUUUAUAUUCAUAAUAUUUAUUUUUUCAUUAUCAACUUAAUUUAUGGAUAUCCCCACCGCUCGUCUCUCUGUUUACUUUUUUAGUUUCGUUCAAUAAUACCUAACGUGUUAUAUUCGUACAUUUAACUUUGCAACAAACAUGAUUCGGUAGAUGGCGCCUGCUUUAAAUACUUUCAAUACAGGUUGAAAACUUUACUUUGUCUUUAUGAUAUAAACUAUAUAUAUUUAGUUUUACUAGAAAUAAUAUUUAAAUAUUACUACAAAACUUAACAAACAUUUUAUACAUAUAAUAAUAAUAAAAUCAUUUAUUCAGCUACAAAACGUAACAAAAUUAAUGACAAGUUUAUACAUUAAAAUAAUAACUCCUUGGUAGCAGCUGAAAUCGUCAUAGUCGUAGAAUACUGACGGAUCUUUAUAUGUAAUAUUUGUCAGAUCCGUCAGUAUUCUACGACUGUAACGAAAUGGUCUCCGUUCAGCUUAAGCUGCAGCGCUGUUUUCCAGUGGGGCCACCACUCGAAAGAUAUCACUCGUGAAACAAAAUUAUGUAUAUGAAAUUGCUGUUUGUCAAAAACAAUAACACUACUCGUGUUGUUUAUUUCAAAUAGAUUAAGAACAUUUUAAAUUAAGUAUGUCUAAAUUAAGGGAUUAUAUAGCUUUAUAUUUCUUUGAAAUUGUGUAAUUAUAAAAAAAAAGCCUAAUGAUAUAUUUAAUGAGUACAUUCCGAUAACGAUGCUUUAUAUAUAUUUUAAGCUAGUUAAACAUAAAACUGAUGUUAUUUUUAAUAUUUAAAAUUUUAUAAGAGUUGGAUUUUAUUUUAAUAUUAAUUUAUUGUUACAUAUUUAUUUUGCUUAAUGAUUAAUUUAUCGAAAAUUAACUUUACUAACGAGCUCACAGAUAGCCUAUACUCUUGUACAUAUAUUUUUCUAUAUAAAAUAACCCGAAAUUGAUAAAAAAAAAUUGUUGGGGAAAAUCAGUCAUAAUGAAUUGAAAUAUUAUUUCUUUCGAUCAAAUAACUGGAAUUAAUAAUAAAAAUGGCUAUUUUACACAAAUCCUAAUACUAUUCAUUCGGUAUACCUACGGAUCCAUUAAAUAUUACACCCUUGAGUAUUGGAUAUGAAUGCUAUUAUGAUACAUAUAAAGCCACUAUUUUAGCUCACCAGUGCAAUACUGAUAGUACUAAUACCGAAAGUACCUAAUAAUUAUUUGUAAAUGUUCUCUCUUAAUUAUCGAGUACUAUGGAUUUCUCAAAAUUAUUGCAUUUAUUGUGUUUCUAAUAUAUUUUGUUAAUCAAAUUAUAGGCAUUUAAUGCUAACUUAAUUAUCCUAUUUAUACAUAAAGUUUAAUGUGUAAUCAAAUUACCGACAACUGUUAAUUUAAGCAAUAAUAAUGUACCGUUAAUUGUAUAAUAGAAAAAGUUACUACCUAAAUAGAAAGUUAAAUAUGAACUGUGAAUGUUUACUGCAGUUUUUUUUUCCAAAUUUGUAAUGUUACAUGGAGUAGCGGUUUAGCACGCUGUCUCAUCUUAUGGUCGCAGGUUUGAUCUCUGCGUGAUACAAACACUUAUUUAUGUUAGUUAGUUAGUUUGUAUGGGUCUAAAUGUUUUCUAUAUAUUUAUUAUAUAUAUAUAUAUAUAUAUAUAUAUAUAUAUAUAUAUAUAUAUAUAUCUGACACGCCUGUCUCCCAUUAGAGUAGGCAGAAACAAUGGAACGCCAAACAAACCUAUUAUAUAUAUUUUAAUAUAUUAACAAAAAAAUUAUAAAUCUAUCUUACAUCCAUAGUGUAAGCUGUACUUAAUUUGAUGUUGAUAUAAUGUGUUCCAGUGAUAUUUAUUUUUAUAUGAAAACUGAAUCUGUACAAUACCAUGAAAUAACAUGAUAAUUCACAGUGCGUGUUAACUUUCAAGAUUUACACAGACGAGAGGUCUAUGAACAUUAUUUCAGUUAUAAAAAAAAAAAAAACAAUCGCAAGCAGCAUAAUAACAAGUAUAAUAAUUAUUUUACCUAUU